AUGGUGAAGAAUGACAUUCAGGUGAAGGAAGAAUUAGUGGAGCAAAUUCUCGGCACCUUGGACGAAGGGAAUGUCAAGCAUGACUGGCUGGAAGGUCUAUUAUAUGCACGGUACGGGUUCAUUAACAAUCCGCGCUACGAGGAAGUCACAAAGAAAGUCCUGGAACCCAAGCAUGUCAUGGGUGCACUCGCUGAGAAGCAGUAUAGGUUCGAGGUCGAAGAGAUGGGUCAUGGCAUCAUCCAUUUUGUCUCAUCUCUCGCGAAUGCUCAGGUGCCCGAGGAACAAUGGGAUCUCUGCGAGAAAAAUCCCGCAUAUGUGCUGGAGAUCCACAAACCUAUGUUCAGAGUCCAGCGCUACAAAUUCGCAGACAACUCGUGGGGAUAUGCGCUGACGCCGGUCAAAACUCGGUUGAUAAGAUCGUGGCAAAUUGUCGUCCGCGAUGCGAUGGCAGUCAUCCAGUGUGUCCGAUGCGAAUGGGGUCCAUCCUUGGAGGAAUUGGCCGCGGAAUACGUACGCAUUGGAAUUCCCUUCCAGACUCUAAUGAGCGUGGCGAUGGACCGCGUGCAGUGGAGGGACACCGGCUUAUGUCCGAGCGUGCCCCGCCGCUCGAAAGAUUUCAAAGCCACUCAGGAAGAGUACGACAUAUACGUUCACCGCCGUGACCAACUGCUAUCGCAGCCGCGGGCCCGCGCCGCUGCACUAGCGGGAGGAAUUCUCUGGCGACUCAGCAGAGAGGCAUUGGAACACCGCAGAGAUGUUCCGCUCGGUCCGUCAAAGGAGGUGACAUCUUAUUACGGGCCCACUGCUGGGGAACAAUCGGGCACGCUUGACGAUACACUCACGGAAGAUGAAAUCAAAAUUUUACACGGCAUGUACUACGUGGAGACAGGGGAGUCUGCAGUAACGCUAUGCCAAACAAGCUAUUACUUAAUAUCUAUACAGGUAAUGGUGGCGGGAACCAAGUAA